AUGUUGGACGAGUAUCUCAUCUGGCUUGGCAUCAUCACCGCCACCCUGGCCAUCGUCAACACCUGGGCUUACUACCUGGUGUUCCUGUGGUCCGUCUACUUCAUCACAGUCAGAUUGUUGGAGAGAAUCUCGGUCAACGAAUUGAGCGACAAACCCGUCCUGAUCAGUGGAUGUGACAGUGGAUUUGGUCAUGAUUUGGCCAUCAAAUGUAUCAAGCAUGGAAUGCCCGUGUUCGCUGGUUGUUUAACCGACCAAGUAAGUUUAUGAUUAUUUGGAAAUUUUUGUUGUUUUAGGUAAUAUUUUUAAAAGUUGUUUAUUCUUUUCGAAUUUUAGGUAAUAACUCAAAACACUUUUUAAUUUAUAUGUUUAUCUUUAGGUAGAAACAGUUUAAAAUUUUAAUACAGUUAUGUUUUUUGAGAUUUAGGUAACAAUAUUGAGAUUAUUCUAGGUUUUUAUAAUUAAGAUUUGUCUAACUUUAUAUUUGCCAGGGAAUCAAGGGAAUCCAAGAAGAAGCAGCCCAGAUCCCCAACGGCAAACAGCUGAUGCACGCUGUCCAGCUCAACAUCAGAGAUCCGGAAUCCGUGAAGAAGGCGCGUGAGUUCGUCGACCAACACAUUGGUCCAUAUAAUGGACUGUGGGGCAUCGUCAACAAUGCCGGUAUCGGAGAUAACAGAGCUUGGGAUGACUGGCAAACACCCGAGAUGUACCAACGCUUCUGGGAGAUCAACACGCUCGGUCACAUCCGUGUAACCCACGCCUUUAAGGAUCUCGUCAAGAAAGCCAAGGGACGCAUCGUCAGUGUGGCCAGCAUCUGUGCCAAGGUCAACAUGCCAACUGGAGGCCCAUACAACGUGAGCAAGUUCGCCAUUGCUAGCUACUGCGACACCAUCAGGUAUGUUGUUUUCAUAAGAGAUGUUUUUGUUUUUAAAGUUAUUGUCAUUUUUACUUGUUGCUAAAGCAAGUGUAAUAUCUUAAUUUAUAUUUCAUCAUUUCUAGAUUGGAAUUGGCCCAAUUCGGGGUGCACGUCUCCAUCUUGGAACCAGGAUUCUUCAAGACCCCUCAGGCCAACCCUGGAGCCGCCGAAGCCGAUGUCAAGAUGGUCUGGGACAGGCUUCCACAAUCAGUCAAGGAGGAAUACGGAGAACACUACCUCCCCUACACUCAGAAGCUGGUUGCCGGAUACCUCGGCUACAAGUGCAAGCCUCAGCCUGAUCUCGUCGUCGAUGCCUACUUCAACGCUUUGACUUCAAAGUACCCACGUCGCCGCUACCAAAUCGGCUACGACUCAAUGUUCCAAUUUACUCCAUUGUCGUACCUGUCAACUGGCAUGCAACAACAAGUCUUCUACACUUAUCUCAAAUACUGGGCUGGACUCCCACGGCCGGCAAAACUGGCUGCUUAA